AUGAUGAUGAAGCCUGCUGCUGCCGCCGCGCGUCGCGUCGCGCUAGCGCUCCCGCGCGCCCGUGCGAUGCCUGUUCGUAUGCUUUCUCAGUCUGUGCGUGUGUGCGAAGAGGCGUCGGCGCCGUCGCCCAAGAUUACUGAGAUUGUAGACCGCAUUGAAAAGCUCACGCUGCUCGAGGCUUCCGAGCUGGUGCAGGAGCUCAAGACGCGUCUGAAUAUCACUGACAUUGCCAUGCCUGCGGCGGCGGCUCCAGCGGCUCCAGCAGCUGCCGCGCCCUCUGACGAGGCGCCUGCGGAGGAGAAGCCGAAGGAAAAGACACUCUUUACGAUCAAGUUCCUGGGUCUCGGGUCCGACAGCGCCAAGGCCAAGGUCAUUAAGGAGGUCAAGGCCAUCAACACGAGCAUGAACCUGGUUGAGGCCAAGAAGUUCGUCGAGUCGGCGCCACAGACGCUCAAGGAGAACGUGACAAAGGAGGACGCAGAAAAGAUCAAGGAGGCCGUGGAGAAGGCCGGCGGCAAGAUUGAACUGGCCUAA